AUGACUAGUAUUUUGGAAGAAUCAAGUAAAUUGUUUAAGGAACGUAAAUAUGAUGAAUGUAUUGAAUUGAUAAGAGAUUAUUAUCCUUCCUUGAGCAGUCCUGAAGAUUAUAAGAAUACAGCCUUGUUGUACAUGACCAAGGGUUUAUGUUCCUUUAAUAAGGUUGCAAUGAAUGGAGGAUGUUCUUCCGAUGAUCAUGUGGAUUAUUUGCUUACUUCCAUUGGCGAUUUUCAACAAGUUGUGGAUUACUUUGGUACUUACUGGGAAGAGUCCAUGAAGGGAGAAGAAUUUGAAACCUUGGUAGGAAAAACUGGUUUUAUGGACGCUUUUAUAUGUAAAAUUAAGGCUGGAUACUUGAUCGGAAAGGCCUUGUUGGAAGCUUAUAAUUUUAAUAAUGAAAUUGAUAUUGGUAAAGGGAUUCAUGCCACUUCUCUCACUAUUGACCAUUUGAACAAGUUGAAGGAGGCUCAAGAGCACAUCACCAAGGAUAGAAAGGCUCCAUUUGAGUUGAUUGCCCAGUGUUAUUUAAUCAAGGGACAAUGCCAAACAAUCUGGGGUCUUUAUCUUGAGGCUGGAGAAUCUCUUAAUACUUAUUUAAAGAUCUUGGAAGAUGGAAAUGAUUUGAGUGAGGAAAAGAAACAAUCUGGGUUAGCAAUCGGAUAUCAUCAUAUGGGUAAUUUGAAUUAUCUUACAGGAAAUAAUGAAAUUGCCAUCCAAUAUUAUUCCAAAUCAAUUGAUAGAUGCGAGAAUUUAAUGAUGAUUGACUUUAAACAACACCAUGUUGAUCAUGUUAUUGAAUCACAUUUAAAGAGAGCCAAGGUAUUAGUAAGCUUUAUUCUUGAACUCGCUGACCAAUCAACUGUCGAUGAGGAAAGAAUUCAUGAAUGCUCUGAAAUGGUUUGUGAGGAUUAUGAGUUUGUCAUUAGAAAUAGAAAGGAGAAGAACCAUCUUUACAAGCUCAAAUAUUACAGAUUCAUUUUGAACAUGAUUGAAAAGCUUGGACACUACAUAUCUGAGGAAGACUUGGCACACUUUUAUGAAAGAGCCUACUCUUUAAUUAAUGACUGCUUGGAAUACUAUGAGAACAAUAGCAAAUUAUAUCAAGAUUUGGCCAAGUGUACCUCCAAGAUUGAAGAUGAAGACAAUUUGGACACAGCUCUGGAACUUUAUGACACAAGUAUCAAACUAAUGACUCUUAAUAAUCGUGAACUUUCUUUACCAAUGAAAAAGUUUAUUGCUCGUUCCCAUUUCGAAAGGGGUGUAAUUUAUGUACAAAAGGAACAAUUAGAAAAGGCUCUCCACGAAUUUGAUUUGUCGCUAAAUUUCUCUCCAACCUUCCCAGAUUCUCUCUAUAAUAGAGGUAUUGUGAAAACUCAUUUAGGACAAUUAGAAAGUGCCAAUGAUGAUUUUAAAAAGGCUACCAACUUCAACCACCAGGAUUUGGAAGCAUACAGACAGUGGUUUCUCAAUCUCAGAAAGGCAGGCAGCAAGAAGGAAGCAGAAAAGAUUGCUGAGCAUGUCUUUGAAAAACUUUCCAAUGAUGAAACACCUCUCGAUUUUUACCUUGCAAAGAUUGAAUCUGGAGAAUUAGCAAUUGAGCAAUCCAAGAUUAGAGAAUUGUAA